CCGGAAGCCAUUGGGAAUCCUCAAGGCAGUCCUGCUUGAUUCUCAGAACCAUGGCGACUCUUCUCUCUGCCUUGCUUGCGAGCUCAGCCCUAGUCAGUGCUCAAGACUUCAGCGGCGGUGCCAGAUCGGAAGAUGCAUUUUCAUAUGUGCAGCCACUCGACACAGUCAUUCUGGACGAGUACAAUUCAUCGCCCGCCGUCUACCCUUCUCCUAAUGCUACCGGAGCUGGUGGCUGGGAGGACGCCCUUCAGAGGGCCAAGGAGUUCGUCGCUCAGCUUACUGUCGACGAGAAAUCCUACAUGGUCUCGGGUCAACCCGGUCCCUGUGUUGGCAACAUUGCCCCCAUUCCUCGUCUUGACUUCCCUGGCCUCUGUCUUCACGACGGCCCAUUGGCUAUCCGAGUAGCGGACUACGCCAGCGUCUUCUCUGCUGGUGUCUCUGCUGGAGCAUCAUGGGACAAGGAACUCAUGUACGAGCGCGGGUAUGCCAUGGGUGAAGAGUUCAGAGCCAAAGGCGCUCACGUUGCGCUGCAGCCUGUCGCUGGUCCCCUUGGCCGCUCGGGCUAUGCUGGCCGCAACUGGGAAGGUUCUGCUGCCGACCCUUACCUCGCGGGUGUCUUCAUGAAGGAGACCAUCCUGGGUACUCAAGAUGCUGGUGUUCAGGCUUGCGCGAAGCAUUACAUCGGAAACGAGCAAGAGACUCAGCGCAACCCCGUUUUCGACCCCAAUGGUACUACCACGGAUACUAUUUCUGCGGCUAUUUCUUCCAAUAUCGACGACCGCACCAUGCACGAGAUCUACCUCUGGCCGUUUGCAGAUGCAGCACAUGCCAAGGUUGCGUCUUUCAUGUGCUCGUACACCAGGAUUAACGGUAGCUACGGCUGCCAGAACUCCAAGGCUUUGAAUGGCCUGCUCAAGGAGGAGCUUGGUUUCCAGGGAUACGUUAUGUCCGAUUGGGGAGCUACCCAUGCUGGUGUCGCAUCCAUCGAAGCUGGCCAGGAUAUGGACAUGCCUGGUGGCCUUGGAGCCUACGGUACUGCUUUCGCUGCGGAUAUCCCGGGCCGCAUGCCCUCCUUCUUCGGCGGCAACAUCACCCUCGCCGUCAACAACGGCUCUUUGGCUGAAUCCCGUGUUGACGACAUGAUCGUUCGUAUUAUGACUCCUUUCUACGCUCUCGGCCAGGACAAGGACUUCCCGACUGUCGACCCCUCCUCCGCCGAGCUGAACACUUUCUCCCCCAUAAGCACCUGGAAGAUUGACUGGAACCUCACUGGCCCAUCUAGCCGUGACGUUCGUGGCGACCAUGCGAAGCUCAUCCGAAAGCAUGGCGCAGCCGGUACUGUUCUGCUCAAGAACGUCGACGGAGCCCUUCCCCUCAAGGCCCCCAAGAACAUUGCUGUCUUCGGUAACGACGCUGCCGAGCCCACCAAGGGUCAGCUCAACCAGCAGAACUUCGAGUACGGCACUCUUGUUGCCGGUGGUGGUUCCGGCACUGGCCAGCUCACCUACGUCGUGACUCCCCUCCGUGCCAUCCAGGACCGUGCCAAGAAGGACAAUGCGAAGAUCGUGCAGUACUGGCUCAACAACACGCUCAUCGCCAACACUGACAUCGACACCCUUCUCAUCCCCGACCGCCCUGAAGUCUGUAUCGUCAUGCUCAAGACCUGGGCCGAGGAAGCUGCCGACCGCGCCUCCCUCCAUGUGGACUGGAACGGCGACGCCGUCGUCGAGUCCGUUGCCUCCAAGUGCAACAAUACCAUCGUCGUCACCCACUCGUCCGGCAUCAACGUGCUUCCCUGGGCCGACCACGAGAACGUGACCGCCAUCGUCGCCGCGCACUUCCCCGGCGAGGAAUCAGGCAACUCGCUCGUCGACAUCCUCUACGGUGACGUUAACCCCUCAGGCCACCUGCCCUACACCAUCGCUCUCAACGGCACCGACUAUAACGCGCCGCCCACCACCGCCAUCAACACUACCGGCUACUACGACUGGCAAUCCUGGUUCGACGAGAAGCUCGAGAUCGACUACCGCUACUUCGACGCGCACAACAUCUCUGUGCGCUACGAGUUCGGCUUCGGUCUCUCCUACACCACCUUCGGCUACGCCUCCCUCGCCGCCGAGCCCCUCUCCUCCAAUAUCUCCGCGCUCCCCACGCCCCAGCCCGUCCAGCCUGGUGGCAACCCCGACCUAUUCGCCCCGGUGUACAACGUCUCCGUCGCUGUCUCCAACACAGGCAAGGUCGCCGGCCACGCCGUGCCGCAGCUGUACCUUGGUCUUCCGUCGUCCGCACCGGCUGGCACGCCGCCCAAGCAGCUGCGUGGCUUCGAGAAGGUGUGGCUCCAGCCUAAUGAGACCAAGACCGUCUCUUUCCAGCUUAUGCGCAGGGAUGUGAGCUACUGGGAUAUCGUGCAGCAGGAGUGGGUUAUUCCCAGUGGAGAGUUUAGCGUUAUGGUGGGCGAGAGCUCGAGGAUUAUCAAGGCUCAGAAGGGUGUUAAUGUGCUCGGAUCGUACUAGAUAUGGGUGG